UCGCCAUGUUUUUAUAAUAAAAAUAAAUGUAAACACUAAACAACAUGUAUUUUGUUGCAAACAUUCAGCUGUUUUAUGUGUUUUGUUUUUAGUUAUCGUGAUUAAUAAUAUAUAUUAAUAAUAAAUUAAGAGUCCCUGUGAAAAAACAAUUUUAAAAAUAAUAUCAGGAAUAAACAAUUCAAUUAUUGGGGAAUUAUUAAAAUAACAAUAAAAAUGAAUAAUAAUAAAUAUCCUGGUUGUAUUGAAGCAAUAAGGCAAGCACGUGCAAGAAAAAAUUCAUUUAUUGAUUCGUCAUUUGAGUUAUUAUUGUCAAAUCUAUCUGAAUCAAGUAUAAAGCAACAUGAUAAACAUCUAAGUGACUGGUGGAAUUAUUGUGAUAGUAAAAAUAUAGAUCCAUUAAAAACAGACAUAUCAAUUAUACUUGAUUAUUUUGGUAAAAAAUUAUAUGUCGAUGGUGUAGAACCUGAUGAUUUGAAGCAAAUUUGUCCAUCACUUUUUUUAAUUGCAACUGAUGAAUUAUUAGAAAGAGUCUAUUUAACAAGUUUUUUAUAUGGUACAUUUGAUAAAAAAUUAAUUAUUGAUGAAGAUUCAAUUAAUAAACAAAAUAAUACUGCUGGACAAGAAAAUUCGAAAUUAUCAUUGAUUGAUAAAGGAAAAAAACAAUAUUUAUCAAAAGUAUCUAUAUUAAAGAAAAAUAAUUAUUCAAAGGAAACUACAAUUAAUAAUAAAUUACCUGUAUUAAUGAAAAAUAAUAGUAUUAUAAAAUCUGGUAAUUCACAAAUAGCUGUUAAUCAACAAAUGAAAAUAUUAGUUUUAAUAUCAGAUAAUGAAUUUAAAGUAAUACCAUUUGAUUUAACUAAAAAUCAAAAGUGUAAUAUUCAUGAUGUACUUGGACGAGCUGGUAUACCAGUAAAUAAUAAAACAAAAAUAUUAUUUUUAACUAAUUCGAAAUUAAAUUAUAAUUUUAUUGUUGAUUGUUGUGCCAGUACAAAUGAAAAUAAUUCAAUUAAAACAAAAAAUGCAAUUUCUAAACCAUCAAGAAAUUCAAUUGAAACGAGUAAUGUAAUUGUUAAUCCAUCAAAUAAUUUGUUUGAAACAAAUGCUCCAUCUACACUAGCCAGUAAAUCAAUUUUUAAUCAAUCAAAUAAUCCAACUGGAACAAAAAAUCCAUCUAUAGUAGACAAUAAUUUAACUACAACAUAUGAUACAAUUUCUUAUCCAUCAAAUAAUUCAACUGGAGCAGAUAAUCCAUCGACCAUAGCCAACAACACAAUUGAAACAAAUGAUACAAUUUUAAAUCCAUCAAAUAAUUCAACUGGAGCAAAUAAUCCAUCGACCAUAGCCAACAACACAAUUGAAACAAAUGAUACAAUUUUAAAUCCAUCAAAUGAUUCAACUGGAGAAAAUAAUUCAACGACCAUAGCCAACAGCUUAACUGAAACAAAUAAUACAAUUUUUAAUCAAUCAAAUAAUUCAACUGGAGAUAAUGAUACAAUUUUAAAUCCAUCAAAUGAUUCAACUGGAACAAAUCCAUUUAUAGUAGAUGAUAAAUCAACUGUAGCACAUGAUGCAAUUAUUAAUCCAUCAAAUAGUUCAACAGAAACAAAAAACCCAUCUACAGUUGACAAUAAUUCAGCUGUAAUAAAUAACACAAUUACUGAUCCACCAACAUCAUCAACAAAUAAUUCGGAAAUUUAUAAAUUACCAUUAAAACUAAUUGUUAAUCAACAAAAGUCAAUAAUUAAACAACAAGUUAAAAUAUUAAUUAUUAUUCCAAAUUGUAAACAAAAAAUAAUAACAUUUAAUUUGCCACGUAAAAAAUAUUAUGUUAAUGAUUUACUAUUACAAGGUGGUGUAACAAUAGAUGAUGAGACAGAAGUAUCACUAGUUAAUCAUCCACCAUUAAUUAAUUUAAAUUAUAUUGUUGAGUGUGAUAGUACCAAUUUAAUGAUUGAAUCAGUUGAGGUUAAUGGCUUGGUUAAUAAAUCAUCAAAUGAAUUAUUAAUUGAUUCAACAGUUUUUGAAUAUCCAUGCAAAAUAAUUACUGAUUUAAAAACAACACUUAUUGAACCAAAAAUUAAACUAUUAAUUAUCAUGCCAAAUGAUCAAAAAAAAUUAAUAAUAUUUGAUAUACCAACUAAAAAAACUUGUAUUAACGAUUUAUUGAUAAAAGCUGGUAUUCAAUUGAAUAAUAAUACAAAGGUAUCAAUUAUUGAAGAUUAUCCUGGAUUAAAUGUUUAUUAUAUUGUUAGAUAUAAAUCUAAUAAUAUAGUUGAUUCAAAAGAAUCAAUUGUUAAAUUGAAAAAUCCAGUUGGCGAGGUAACAGAUUCAAUGGUUGAUUCAAAAGAUUCAAUUGUUAAAUUAAAAGAUCCAAUUGUUGACUCAAAAGAUUCAAUUGUUAAAUUAAUAAAUCCAAUUGUUGAGCCACAAGAUCCAAUUGUUGAACGACCACUUGAAAAAAAUACAACUGACACAAGCAAUCAUACUCAGGAUAAUAACAACACGACAAAUGCAUCAGUACUAUAUCACUCGUCAGAUCAACAACCGACAGUACAACAUACAGAUCCAAAUGUUGAGCCAAUAAAUUCAAUUGCUGAACCACAAGAUCCAAUUGUUGAACCACAAGAACCAAUUGUUGAACCACCACUUGAAGAAAAUGUAACUGACACGAGCAAUCAUACUCAGGAUAAUAACAUCACGACCAAUGCAUCAGUACUAUAUCAGUCUUCAGAUCAACAACAUACAGUACAACAUACAGAUCCAAAUGUUGAGCCAACAGAUUCAUUUGUUGAACCACAAGAUCAAAUUUUUGAACCACCACUUGAAGAAAAUACAACUGACACGAGCAAUCAUACUCAGGAUAAUAACAUCACGACAAAUGCAUCAGUGCCAUAUCAGUCUUCUUCAAAUCAACAACAUACAGAGCUAAUUGAUCAAAUUCAUAAUAAUAAUAAUUUAAAUAUUGAUAAUCAAAUAAUAAUUGAUACAAAUGAAUAUAAUCUCAAACGUAAAUCUACAGAAGAAUUAAUUUUAAAUCAAACAAAAAAACAAAAAUCUUUAAAUUCAACUAAGCCACAUUAUAGUAAUCUAGUAGGAGAUGAAUCUAGUAGUGAAGUACAAUUGAUUAGUGUACAUGUUGGAUUUUUAAUUGAGCUUGAGUGUUUUACAAUAAAAACUGGAUUAUAUGAGUGUGUGCCAAAUCAUCCAGUUACUAUUGAUUUAAAUGGUUUAAGUCUUAAAUUACCAAGACAAGAUCAUAAACAAGUGUUUGUUGAUAUAAAUAUUAAUUACUAUGAAAUACAUGAAGUUGAAAUACAUACUAGGCCAAAAAUGCCAGUGUUAUUUAUUUAUACCAAUACAACAGCAGCUUUACGAAUUAAAAAUGCAUUACAUAUACAAGAUAAAAAUUUGCCUAUUGAUAGCCAAUCAAAUAUUUGCAGAAUGCAUAAAAGAAUAACUUUAUUACUUAAAAAUAUCAAUGAUAAACUCAUAAAAAAAUUGGAAAAAUUAUUUUCACCAAUAUGUCCAUAUAAAGUUAUUAGUAAAAAACAAGCACUUAUUAAUUUACAAUAGUUAUUUAAUUAUUAUAAUUGUGAUAAUGAUGUUUAAAUUUAUUAUUUUUUUACUUAAAUAUUAAUAAAGUCAUAGUAAUAUUUAAAACUUAAUGUAUGUUAAUGAUAACAGUCAAUAUUUUUUUAUCAAAUACAUUGACAUAGUUUUGUAAUUUAAUAAAUAAUAAAUAAAUAGAUGUAAAGUUUGACUUCUUAUCUGUAAGACGUCUUUUUUAAUUGUGCUUGUUGAUCAUUACAAUAAUUUAAAUUUGCAAAAUAAUACAACUGCUUUUUGCAUGAUAAUAAAAAUCUACAAUAUUGUCUAUUAAUUU